AACCGGGACGCCGGGGAUCGCUUGUCUCCUAGCAACCACAGCAACAAAGAUGGCGGCGCAGGAGGAGGCGGCGAAGGCAGUUGCAGAUAUGGACAGUUCAGAGGGCCAAGCCAGAGAAGAUGAGAGCUCCCAACGGGGGCCUGAUCACACAGAUGUUGAGUCUGACCAACUCCAAAGGGAAAAAGCUGAUGUUGAAAUUUUGGAAAGCAGCAAAGAAGAUUUACAAGAUGAACACAACCCUAAUUAUUCUACUACUGAGGUUACAGACGGGGGAGACAAAGAAGGUCGGGGGGCAGAAGAGGCAGUCGCCAAGGGGUCUGCAGGUGAAGAUGAAGGAUCAGGUACCAUGCAUGAGCCCAAGUUGGCUGACAAAACUGAGGUAGGGGUGGAGCAGACGUCCGAUAACCUUAAUGUUGGUAAUAAACAAGACACUGGAUUAGGGAUUGAGGAGGAGCUGCCAGGGGAGGAAGGAGGAACCGAGCAGUCUGCUGUGGAAGGAACUAUUGGAGAAGACCAGGAGAUCCAGCAUAAGGAAGCAGACACUGGCUCUGGUAUUGAAACCGUGGAGGAGCCACUGGGUGAUGAAGGGGGAUCUGAGGAACCUACUAUGGGAGGAACCAUUGGAGAAGAUCAGGAGAUCCAGCAUACUGAAGCAGACACUGGCUCCGGGACUAAAACUAUGGAGGAGCCACCAGAGGAGGGAGGAGGAACCGAGCAGCAUGUUGUGGAAGGAACUAUUGGAGAAGAUCAGGAGAUCCAGCAAAUUCAAGCAGACACUGGCUCAGGGAUCCAAACUGUGAUGGGCGAUGAAGGAGGAACAGAGCAACCUGCAAUGGGGGCAACUAUUGGAGAAGAUCAGGAGAUCCAGGGUAAUGAAGCAGACGCUGGGUCAGGGACUGAAACUAUGGAGGAGCCUCCAGAAGAGGGAGGAGGAACCGAGCAACCUGUUGUGGAAGGAACUGUUGGAGAAGAUCAAGAGAUCCAGCGUAAGGAAGCAGACACUGGCUCAGGGAUUAAAACUGUGGAGGAGACACUGGGUGAUAAAGGGGGAACCGAUCAACUUACCAUGGGAGGAACUAUUGGAGAAGAUCAGGAGAUCCAGGGUAAUGAAGCAGACACUGGCUCCGGGACUGAAACUAUGGAGGAGCCACCAGAGGUCGGAGGAGGAACCGAGCAACCUGCAGUGGAAGGAACUAUUGGAGAAGAUCAGGAGAUCCAGCAAACUGAAGCAGACACUGGCUCAGGGACUGAAACUAUGCAGGAGCCACCAGAGGAGGGAGGAGGAACUGAGCAACCUGCUGUAGAAGGAACUAUUGGAGAACCUCAGGAGACCCAGCCGGACCAAAACCUGAAAAGCUCAGCAGCAGAUGGCAGUGUGGUUGAAGGUAUGGUUGUGGAUACAGAGAAGGAGGGAGUCACUUCAGGGGAAAUUGCAGCAGCUGAAGCUAGAAGUGAUGAAGAUCAGACAGCAGAAACGGCACCGCAGAAUCCCGAUGAGGAAGCAGAAGGCCAAGUACCUGAGUCAUUAGCCAAUGAACAACCGAAGCAAGAAGAAGGUGAAAAUGAGGAGGAGGAAGAAACAGAGGAGAAGAUCCCAGAGGACUUCUACUAUGACUAUGAGAGUAUCUGCUCGCAGCCGUACAUCACCCCGGACUCAGGAAUCCCAAGUGGAGUCCUCCAACUUCUACAUUCUUUUGGUUAUGACUGCAACAAAAGAGCCAACCUCCAUUUACUGGAUGACCAGACACUGCUGUAUGUUGCGGGUACAGUGAUUAUCAUCCUAACCCUGAAGACGCAGGAACAGCGAUAUCUGAGGAGCAGCAGUGGCGGGGGAAUCGGAGCGGUCACAGUCCAUCCCAGCAGGAAAUAUUUUGCCGUGGCGGAGAAAGGACACAAACCAAACAUCAUCCUUUAUGAAUUUCCAUCGCUAAAACCAUUUCGGAUUCUCAGGGGGGGAACAGAAGAAGCCUACACCUUUGUAGACUUUAAUAUGUCUGGGACCCUCCUGGCCAGCGUGGGGAGCAGCCCAGAUUACAUGUUGACUAUUUGGGACUGGAAACAGGAGAAGAUCAUGCUGAGAUUGAAGGCUUUUUCCCAGGAUGUCUUCCAGGUCACCUUCUCCCCAGAGAAUGAGGAGCAGUUGACCACUUGUGGGACAGGACACAUCAGAUUUUGGAAAAUGGCACACACGUUUACUGGCUUAAAGCUUCAGGGAGAACUUGGGAGAUUUGGAAAGACUGCACUUACUGAUAUAGAGGGAUAUGUGGAACUACCAGAUGGAAAGGUGAUAUCAGGCUCUGAAUGGGGAAACAUGCUGCUUUGGGAAGGAGGUCUCAUCAAAGUGGAGAUCUGCAGAAGAGGACGUAGGCAAUGCCAUAAUGGUCCUAUUAACCAGUUUGUUCUGGAUGAAGGCGAGCUUAUCACUAUUGGAGCGGAUGGAUAUGUUAGGGUCUGGGACUUUGAGGCUGUGGACACCGCUGACACCAUCGAUGACACUGGGCUACUGGAAAUGGAACCAAUGAAUGAACUGUUGGUUGGGAAGAAUGUAAACCUUCGCUUUAUGGUGAAGACAAAAGAAAACGACUCACCUUUGUGGUUUGCUCAGGAUGGCUGCGGUGGAAUCUGGAAACUGGACCUGUCCUUUUCAAAUAUAACCCAGGACCCCGAACAGCUCUUCUCCUUCCAUGCCGGGGAGAUUAAUGCCUUAGAUGCCUCUCCCUCCACGUACCUCAUGGCAACAACAUCAUCAGACCGAUCGGUGAGGAUUUAUGACUUUGCCGGGAAGCUUCCAUUAGUGGAGAUGAAGUUUAAACAAGGAGGAACAUCGCUGAUCUGGGCUCCCCGCAUGGUCAACCCUAAAGGAGGAUUAUUUGUGGCGGGAUUCCAGGAUGGAGUCAUCCGUAUCUUGGAGGUUUAUAACUCCUCCGAGAUGAAACUUCUGGCCGGGCGCAGCGGCACUCAGGAUGCUGCAAUCAGUCUGAAGCAUGCGUUCAAACCUCAUGAGGCCCCCGUCACAUGUCUGGCCUACGAACGCAACGGAGAGAUCCUCGCCACCGGGAGCACGGACAGAACCGUCUUCUUCUUUGCUGUUGGUGACACCUAUGAGCCCAUUGGAUUCAUCCGAGUUCCAGGACCGGUUAAGGAAUUGCACUGGUCUCCUCCGUCACAUGAGGAAAACACAUUACUGGUUCUAUGUGAGAAUGGAUUCGCUGUAGAGAUUCCGGCCCCGGCGGCUGAAAAAAACAACCUAGUUUCUACCUAUGAGAUCUCUAAUCUGCCUCUGCGAUACUUCCGAUUCAGUAGCAUCAAGUCAAAGAUUGAGAGAGAGGAGCAGUUGGCCCAGAUACGGAAGAACAGAGAGCAGAAGCUGAAGGAGCACCAGGCCUGGGUGCAGAAACAGAAAGAACAAGGAGUGGAACUGACCGAGGAGGAGUUACAGGAGCCAUAUGAUGACGAAGAGGAGAAACUUCCAGAACUUUAUGUCCCUAAAGAGCCCAGCCCCAUCCUGUGCGGCUUCUAUGCCUCCCCUGGGAAGUUCUGGCUCUCCAUGGAUGGAUAUGACUCCGGGUUCCUCUAUCUCUGUGAGUUCUCCAAAGGCGAGGAUCAAAUUGACCCUUCAACAAGGAAGGACGAGCCAUUAAGUGUCUUGCCUAUGGAAAACACCAAAACCAACCCCAUCCACAAGAUUCAUUUUAGCUCCAACAAGAAGCUGCUGUACUGUGGCAUGAAGGACGGGGCAGUUCGGGUUUACCCUCUCCAGCCCAAUGACCCCCUACUCACCUCCAUUGGCAGUUAUUGGUCCCUCGGGGUCCAUGACAACCAAUAUGGCCGCAUGCAAGCCAUCAGCAGCAGCUAUGACGACCAGUACCUGGUAACCUGCGGAGCCGAUGGCAACAUCUUCACCUUUAGCAUUCUCUCCAUGGAGGAUAUUGAACGAGACCUGAAAGUCAAGAAAGCAAAAGUGCCAUCUCCAAGGACCAAACGGGAGGGGGAAAAACACGCAGAGGAUAUUGAGGAUCCUAAUGCUUACAGUAUUGAGAAUGCCACACAGAAGCGCCAGCAGGAUCUUCUCAUGAAACAAGCCGAGGAGAAGAAGGCCAGAAAGCGUCAAGAGCUGGCCCAGAUGAGAAAAGAGUUCCAGAAGCUUCUGAGAAAGAAUGCCGAGCUGCCAAAACACAUGCAGAUGGGAAGAGCCGAGUUUGAGAUGGAUCACAGAAUCCGCGAGGAAAUGGAGCGGCAGAAGUCGGAGAGCGUGCGCACCGUGCUAAAGGAGCUGGCAUGGGAGCAAGAGAAGCACAACAUCGGACUGAAGAAACUGCAAGCCCAGUUCCGGGAUAAAGUGGAGUUUGACACAGUGAUGGUGCGUGCAAUCAGCACUGAACAUCAAGUAUCCACAUACAGACUCCUGUCUCUCACAGAGAAACACUUUAAGAUGAAGGGGAUGAUCCUUAAAAGAAGGCCCACCCGAUAUGACAUCUUUCAGAAAGAGGAAAUGGCUAAAGAGAACCGGGAUUCAGGGGCCCAGAGUGUUGUGGCAGUGGGUGUAGUAACAGAGCCCAGUCUUGGGACCCGGAAGCACGACCAGUGGGCAUGGAAGAGAUCCGAAGGUCAAGUGGAAAGAAUUCGCAAAGUCAUAGAAAAGGCUGAGAAGGCCAAAUCAAAGAUUUUCCAGAGGAAGCAAGAAUGGGAUAAGCUAUACAAGACUAAACCCAGCGAGGACUACGAGGAUCCGCAGGAUGUUCUGGCGAUAAAAAACGCCAAAGAAAACAUGGGGGACCUUAAACUGAAGACGGCGGAGGACUACACGGUCCCGGAACAUCUGCGUAUCAAUGCGGAGCAGAAGAGGAACGAGCUGGCAAUGCUGGAGAGUAUUAUCCAUGAGCAAAAGUCGGCCAUGAACCUCUCCAUCCUAGAGCUGCGAGAUUUCAAGGUGGAGACCAUGGAACAAAUGAAGAGUUUAGUGGUGGAGCUGAAAGUCAUCCAGUCCAUGCUGGACCCUUCCAAACAUCUCCCCAUCCCCAACGUGCCAUCAAUGCACCCCGACGAGAAUCCCGAGAGGAAGUUCCAGUAUGACAGCGAAACCCUCCAAAAAUUCAAACAGGAGCAAGCCAAGCAGGCCCAGGCCCCGCGGGUGGCGGAAGGAGGGGGAUUCGGAGCCUUCGAGGGCUUUGGAGCGCAACAGCAAGCUGCAGUUAAGCAGGCCUGGUCUUCAAGGCCAUCUACCACAACGACCGUCAGGUCCUACCGCGACACGUCUGCCGGAAGCCAGGAGGACGCAGAACUGUCAGAGCUGGAGAAGGAGAUGAUUCGGAUCGAGGAAAUUCAAAAUCUCUAUAGGCAGAAAAACAUCAUUAAACAGAUAAACGACCUGGUGAUCAGCUUUGACGCCGAGCUCCGCCUCCUGCGACACAAGAAGCUGCAGCUGGACGUACAAAUGAAAUUGGCCGACCUCCGACACAUCACUCUUUUCGAGGAGCUGAUGCUGCUGAAGGAAUAUGAGAAGAGAGAAGACAUUCUGCAGGAGAAGGUCAGCGACCGAGUCUCUGAGCUGGAAGACAUGAAGAGGAAGUCCGAGGAUUAUCUGCAGCAGCUGGAGACGAAGAGGAAGGACAUUGUGAAGCUGCAGGAGAAGGAAAAGACCUUACAUGCCACCUUCCAGACCUCACUGGGCGAGAAAAACAAAUUUGACACUUUUCUUACCAAAGUCUUUAAGAAGAAAAUCAAACGUACCAAGAAGAAGGAGGUGACGGGGGACGAAGAGGAGGACGAGGACAGCGAUGAAGAGUCUGAUGACGAGUCAACGUAUGAAAGCGAUGAGGAGGAAUCGGAUUCAGAGGACGGUGUCUUUGAUGAUUCUGUUUGUCCUAACAAUUGUGACCCUCAACUUUUUGACAACACCCUGCAACUGCGAGAAAAGCGCCUGGACAUUGAGGAGGCCCUAGCAGAAGAAAAGAAACUGGUUGAUAAUCUGAAGAAGGAAAAUGACGCAUUGGCCAAAAAGGUGAAAAUAGUCGAAGUGAAUCUGAAGUCAGUGGUGGCGGAGCUUGAGGCAUUCCAGAGGGAAAAGCAGCAGAAGCUUAACGAGCUGCAUGUUGUUGUUCCCUUAAAGCUACACCAGGUUGAUUACAUGAUAAAUGGGGAGAUUCCUAGCGACCUGUCCCAGGCUCUGGUCUUCACCAACCAUUCCCUGGAGAGUCUGCAGCAUCGCAUCAAAGAACUGCAUCUGGAGAAGGUGGAGAAGAGGGAGCUGUAUAAGCAGGCCAGAGAGCAGCACAAGCAGCUGAUCCGAGAACGCAGGGAGAUGGAGGGUAAAAUCGAGGGCCUGGAGGAGAAGUGCCGUCAGCAGAUGAUGAUGAAGUUUGGGCGCCUGGUUGACCUUGAAGCUCUGCAGACCUUGUCUGUGAACAUCACCCUGGAGGAGCUGAAGAUGAAAUCAUCACAAAGGCGGAAGGAAAUGGACCAGGAGAUAGCCGAGUGGGAGGUGAAAAUAAUGGAGGCCAAGAAGAAAGUGGUGGAGGUGACCCGAGAGAACACCAAGAAGCUGGACAGAUUGAAUGAGAUCCUGACGGAGAAGAAAGUCAUAGAGGCGAAACUGGACACGAGGCAGGCGGCGGUGGGGGCCGAAUUCCAGGGGCCACGGAAAGCAGACAUCCGCGAGAGACAGAAGCUGCUCCAUCGCGCUCAGGUUCAGGCGGAGGAGAUGGAGAACCUGAAGGAGGAGAUCUCACUGCUGAGCAAGAAAGGAGGGAGCAUCCUUCCGCCCAUCCGCCAGUAAUAAAACCGGACAUCGUAUUCCCACCCAGAGGGGAUCCAUGGCGGGGAAAUACCACGCAACGCGUUUCAUUGUUUAUUAUACCUUUGUUCAUUUAUACCAGGUUUUGGGAUCAUUUUAGUCUCCUGCUGACCAUCUAACCCCUUUCCAAUGUUGUUUCUAUCUGCGUCAGUUUGGUAUCGGCAGCAGAGCAGACGAUCAAAUACAUCCGUCAGGAAUCUGUUGACACUUUUAUUUUUUUUUAAAUGUUAAAACUUUUUAUUGUUUUUCAUAAAAUGAAAUAAAUUUGUAUGCCCUG